UAAACAAAAAGUGAACUUUCAAUGUUCUUACAUUUGCAAAAGUUUAUUAUUAUGUUCAGUUUUCAGUGAUUUUACAUACAGUUCUAUCAUCAUCAUGAGUUCAUACCUCUCCGCAGAGCUCUCGGCAACAUGCAAUGCUCUCGGAACGUACGACAAAAGGAGUGGGAAAUAUCUCAUAGACGACUUUACUCUCAACACAGUGAAGGAUCUGAUCCGCUACUUGCGCCGGGAUGGAGAGGACCACGAGAUCCGCCGGCACUUCGGUCAGACUAAAGUUCUACAGACAGACCUCAUACCAAUGCUGGUAGACCACUGGGAGAAUGAUGAACUUUUUGAUGUUACUUUGAGAUUGCUAGUAAACUUGACAAACCCUGCUCUGCUAUUGUACCGGGAAGAAGUGCCGGUGGAAAGAACUGCGCGGCACAACUACCUGCAGAUCCUGACACACUUACAGUCCUACAAGGAAGAUGCAUUCACCAAAAUGGACACUUGGAUCAUAUUCAAGAACAAACUUAGCAAAGUUUUGGAAAUUGAUUUCAAUGAAAGAGAUGAAGAUACAGGUCUCAUAAUUGAGAGGAUCCUGAUUCUCAUAAGGAAUGUCCUGCAUGUGCCCGCAGAGCUGGAUAGAGAGAGACGGCCAGACAACGAUGCCAGUGUGCAUGACAAGGUCAUCUGGGCACUAAACCAGGCUGGAAUCCUGGACAUUAUUACCUACAUGUCAUCAGAGGCUGAAAAGCAAUACUUUAUGCAUAUACUGGAGAUCAUAUCCCACAUGUUGCGGGAACAAAACCCAACCAGUCUGGCAGACUCGGGGUUGCAACGCAGUGUUGAUGAGAAACUACGGGAUGAGCAAGAGUUACUGUCCAUAAGAACUGAAGAGAAUAAGCAGCGAGUCAAUAAGAUCAGACAGUUGUCUGGCACAAGACAUUCCCGUUUUGGCGGCACCUACGUGGUACAGAACAUGAAGUCGAUCUCCGACAAUGACGUCAUCUGCCUGAAGCCACUCACCAACAUCGCUAAAGUGGACUUCAGUGGCGGGAAGAAGGACAAACUUGUCAAGCCAAAGAAUCGAAGACCAGUUGAAAGUGGCGUGCUGGAGAGACGAUCCGCCUACCCUGUUCGGUUAGUGCUCAAAGAGUUCUGCAUAGGCUUCCUGAACAGUUCGUACAACCCUUUGAUGCACUACGUUAAGGACGUGCUAGUGCGAGCUAAAGCCCAGCAGAAUGACGAGUCGUAUUAUCUAUGGGCCGUUAAGUUCUUCAUGGAGUUUAAUAGAGGACACGAUUUUCAAGUUGGAUUGGUCAGCGAAACCAUGUCGGUCCCGAUGUUCCACUACGUGCAACAGCAAAUGGAGAAAUAUUACGACAUGAUCAAAGUCGAAAAGAAGAAAUUCGCGCCCUGGGUGCGCCGCCUACACCUAGCCUUGCGGGCGUACAAGGAACUACUCAACACUCUGCUAGCUAUGGACAAGAGUAAUGACCAGACGGUGAAGGAGUCGUCCAAAGUGCUCAAGAGCAACAUAUUCUACGUGCUCGAGUAUCGAGAGUUCAUUCUGAGCACUUUUCUCAAUUACGACGAUAAUAAAAUGCCGAGGUCGUACCUAGUGGAUCUCGUGGAAACAGUACAUUUGUUCCUGAAGAUGCUGGAGCAUUAUUGUAAGAAAACCGGCCUGGUUGUUCAGAAGAAAGUCAGAAAGAAGACCAAAUCUAAAAAACAAAAGCCAUCCACACAAUAUCAGAAGAGGGCUCCCAUUGAACCGUCUAUACCUGAAUGGGAGGAGGUGAGGGCCCAACUAGCCGUGGUACUGAGCACUGGGGUGAGCGAGUAUCCGCCGCCGUUUGACGCCGCGUCCGAUAGGCCGAUUGAUGAUCAGAGAGAGGACUGUAUGAAGAAAAUACAGAAGUGUAUGCGCGAGCAUAACUUCGAAGAUGCUGUUGGGACUUUGCGAGCGGCCAGGGAGGUAUGGCCCGAAGAAGGUAUAUUCGGCGUCAGCGAUAUGCCUCAAGAGGAGGAGUUGAAUAUGCUGGAAACCAUUUACAAUGCAGAUUUGGGAGUGGAAGUUACCGCUCAAACGGAAGAAACAAACGAAACUCAAGAACAAUCAGAAGACGAGGAAGAUGAAGAAGAAGAACAAGAAAGAUCUUCUGCAGUAGUGGAGUCUGACUUCAACUUUAAGGAAUUUGUCAUAAGAUUCUGCCACGCUCGCGUGGUGAGCGCGUGCGGCGCGCUGCUGGCGCGGUACACUGACAACAGCCCGCACACUAACCACUGCGCGCUAAAGAUGCUGCACCGAGCGGCGUGGGACUGUGAGCGCGUCGCCAUGCUGUACCAGGGGAGCUUGUUCCUGACGUUCCAGAAGGUUCUGGAGAACCCGUCGCCGGCUCAUAAGGAAUUGGAAAAGUUUGCAAUAUUCGUCUUGAGAAAGUUUGCGGAGGCGGCGGCGCGGACUCCGAAGGUCUUCAUAGAACUGCUGUUCUGGAAGUCGGCUAAGGACGCCGUGGAGAUACAGCAUGGAUACGACCUCUACACCGAUGCCAAAGAUAAAGUGGGGAAGGGAGUGUGGACUGAAGAACAGGAGGACGAGCUACGGAACCUGUACAUGGAGAACCAACGGAACCCUGAGACUGAUAAAGAUGUAAUAGACUGGAUCCUAGACAACCUGAUAGACCAGACUCGCACUCGGAGAAGCGUCAUCAAGAAACUCAAAGACCUAGGUCUGAUCUUCAGAGCACCAACCAAGAAGAGUAACAGAGAUAGACAGAGGGAGAGGAUACCUGUUGAGUUCGGGGAAGAAGAGGAUAGCAUGCUGAAAGAGUUGUGGGAGACGUAUGGAGAAUCUAUUGACCCCAUGGGAGCUAUCAUGGCGCGGAUGCCUCGCAAGAGAAGUAAGAACAGCUACGUUCAAAGACUGUUGGAGUUAGGCCUCGUGCAGGACAGGAAGGAGUGUAGAAAGAAAAGGCAGGGGAAAGGCAAGAGUGGGGAGAAGAGUGGGGGUGACAGCGGCAGCGACAAUUCAUCUGGCGCAGACUCUUCCGGUUCAGACAGCGAUCGCUCGCGGUCGCCCUCCCCUCUCCGAGUGAAACCAGCUAAGAAGAUACAGAAGAAUAAAGAAGGUAGCAAGAAGAAGACUGAGGUCACGAUGAGCGCGACUGAAGUUGCCAAGUUGCUGGUGAAAGCUGUUGAGGAGGACCUAACCGAGGCGCUCCGCUGGCUCGCAGAGAACCUAGAAGAAGUGGCUCUAGACCAAGAAGCGGAAGGCUUUGACCCCACUUCUGAAGGCACUCCUCUGGUGCCCAUAGCGAGCGAGUCUGUGAGCGCUAUGGAGAACGAACUAUUCCAGAAAGUUCUGAAAGGAGUUGGUGUUAUGCCGCCUAGCGAUGAACAGGAAACCUAUUGGCGUAUACCUAGCAGUCUCCAUUUCGACACAAUCCGAAAACGACGAGAAAUUAUCAUCAAAGCUAUAAAUAAAGAACUAGUAAUAGAUACCACUGAGGAAACUCAAAUACCUGAACCAGAAACAAAUGGAGCGAAUGAAUCGAGUGACGAUGACGACUUAUUCGAUAACUUGAGAAAACUACGCGGAAAUAACGAAGAGACAUCGAGCCAAAGUAAUCCGAUUAUUAACUCGAGCAAUCGGAAGAGAAGUAGAAGCAUCGAUUCAGAUGAUAGUAACAAGAGGGAGAAAAUGCAAAAAAUAGAUGAAGGUGAUGAAAAGGAUGAUGAUGAUGGUGAUGACAUUUUGUCGUUCGCAAAGAAAACUCUUGAGCAAACGGAUUUGCCUGAUACUGAAGACAUUCUUGAGAGCGUGCCGCGAGCUAUUUCUGAUGACAGUGAUGAUGAAGAUGACGCCGGGAUGCUGGUCAAACCGGCGAAGAAACGAAGAGCCAUUAUUGAUGAUGAUUCAGAUUAAUUAAUUAUAUUUUCAGUUAAGUAUCAUGUUUUUAAUAUUAAGGACACUACAAAUAAACAGUUUUAACUUUGAACUUUA